AUGAAUGGUCCUGUGCCAGAGAUCCAGACCGGGCGUAACUCCCCACCUCCGGGCCCGUUUGGCUAUUCUUUCCUUUCACCAAUGGAUACUCCCUAUGAACAAGCUCCGGCCUUACCCCCGGGACCCUCUCUCCUUGACGAUAAUGAAUCCAAUAUGCUCGACAACUUCUUUACGACCAUGAAUGCAAAUAGCUUCACGAAUGACUUUUGGCUCCGAGCCCAACACAAUAAAACACCGGGACUUAACUUCGACUGGUCUGAUGAACUACCGCCGACCUUCGAAGGCUCGACUACAUCUCUAUCCCAGCCCUCAUAUCAACAGCAUGCCCUCGGAAAGCCAAAUAUGAUGGUGGGAAAUACGCCAGGCCCAGACAUAUAUGCCGCCGCGUCAAUGCUCUACCAAGGUGGCAUAAAUGGGACAGAUAUCGGGUCUGCGCUCGCUCAGCAGGUUUUUGCGACCCAGCCUCUUCUCAACGGGUCCCAUAUCAAUGGAGCUCAUCCCCGUCACAACUCACAAUCUGCCCCUGUCGCACAUGCAAACGCUUCUUCCCCCUCAAAUAGCAGACUACCAACCGGGUAUCAUACAUCGGAAAUGCUCUUUGACGUGCGCGAUCCCAUUCCCGCGGAUCAACAUCCAUCUCGCAAGGUCCGCAGCCUUCAGUGGGGUACGGAUAUCAGCUUCAUGGACCAGGGCUAUGUGGCCCCGCCUGAUCAGCCGGAUGAAGAGACACGCACCCGAGAGCUGUUAGACCAUCUGGAUUGUUUUGAGCCACAGACCAGCGCGGCCAACACACGGGCUCCUAGCCCCGAGCGCAUGCCAGGCAGCCAUGCUCAUCACUCCAGCAUUCACAGUAUCGAUAUAGAAGAUGCCUCUCAGCCUCGCAAACGACCACGAACGAUUAAAGAAGAUCCUCUCUCAGAUGACGAUGAGAUGAAAUUACCAGCUCGCAAAUCACGCACCAUGAGCAACGCGAAAGCGCGUCGUGCGUCGACCAAUGCGCCCAGGAAAGCAAGCAUCCAAUCAAACAGCAAGAACGCACGCGAGAACCUUUCUGAGGAGCAAAAGCGCACAAAUCAUAUUCUGUCUGAACAAAAACGACGCAAUCUCAUUCGUCAGGGCUUUGACGAUCUUUGUUCUUUAGUCCCAGGGCUGCGAGGCGGGGGCUUUAGUAAAAGCGCCAUGCUCACUCAAGCCGCUGACUGGCUCGAGGAGAUCAUGCGUGGCAACGAAAUCCUGCAAAGUCAGUUGACUGAUAUGAAAGGUAUCAAUGGCCUCGUGAUGCCUAGAUGA